AUGGUGGACAAAGGCCGCCAGAGUAAGAAGCAGGAGUUGGAAGACAAAAGAAGUCAGCCCAGCCGUAAUAGCGCCAGGGAAAACACUCCUGGCCCUGGAAAGACAGCAAAAGGGAGUGGCCAGCCACAUGGGCCAGUGCGUGCGCACCUCCAGGAGGCACCAGGCGGUAUCCCCGUCGGCGCGCAUGGGCAGGUGGGAGGGGGCAUGCUGCGGGGCGGCUGGGCACAGUCCGGCUGGGACAUGUAUGUCCCCCCCCAGAUAAUGGGGCUGAGAGGAGAUUCCAUUGUGCUGCCCUGCAACUUCACACACCCGAAACCCAACUACACGGGUGACAUCCAGGUGAUCUGGAAGCCCGAUAUUUUCCAAUGCCUGGUGAGCAACAGCAGCACCAAGACGAGGAGCUUCGACAACUGCACGACGGGGCAGGGGCCGAGUGGGCGCUACCGCCUGGCCGGGGACCCCCAGCGGCACAACCUCUCCCUGCACAUCACUGGGCUGCGCUACGAGGACAGCAAAGGGUACAUGUGCCGCGUGGUUCUCCGACAAAAUCCAGCUUGGGCCUACGAGAACAAGAUGGCGAUAAUGCUCAGCGUGGAAGCACGACCCAGCAUCCUCAACCUCACGCUGCUCCCCGGGCCCCUCCCUGUGCAGGUGGCCUGCACAGCCGAGGGGAACCCCGUGCCCAACAUCACAUGGCUGGGGCUGGCGGGGAGUGAGGUGGGACAGUUGCAGAACACCACUGGGCCCCAGUACCAGACAACGCAGGUGCUGUCAGUGAGCCGGAUCGGGACCUACACCUGCCGGGCGGAGAACGUGCACGGCCAGGCUGAGCGCUCGGUGCUUGUGGGGCCCAUGGGGCCACCCCUGCUGCUCAUCAUCCUCCUCCCAGCAGCCCUGCUCCUGCUUGCCGGCCUCCUGCUGCUCGUCCUCUGCUGCCGAUGGAAAGUCUCUGCAGUGCCGCAGGCUCCAGAACUGUGGGGGUGAGCAGGGGAUGCAGGACAGAGCCCAAGUUGGCACCGGCACCAUCUCUG